GACGGGUUUCCGAGUGGAGGAUGACAUAAGACAGAUUUCUCUGCACCAAAAAAAAAAAAAAAAAAAACUAAUUAACUACGAAAGCUCGGAGACUGAUCUGAUUACAAUCAGAUCACGGUUAACUGCCAAGCCUUUGCAUCUGUAAUCUUAACCGCGACUUCUUCGAGGAAAGAGAGAAAAAAAAAGACAAAAGGGGGGGAAAGAAGAAAGCCUUUCCAUAAAAUGGCGAAGAGCGUGAGGGCCAGCGUUUCCAAACGCAACAGGGCGAAGCUUCGAGCAACGGUUUUCGGCCCUGCUGUUGAUGCACGGACGGAAAGGCUUUCAGCAAAGCUACAAGAACUUGCUUCUCAUGCGAAGGAACAAGAGAGGUCAAGUAUGGAGUUAGAUAUCACUGGAACGGAUCGUAACAGUGACUCCAAAAUUCGAAAUUCGGAAGAAGAUAUGGACAUUGAUGGAGAAGCCACCAAAUCCAUCAGGAAUCACCCUCGCCGAUCCAAAGGCAUCCAGAAACGUAACAAGAGAAAGAGCCAUUCGUCCAUAGUUUUUGCUCGGCGUCCAUCGGGCCCAAAGAAAGCCCCCAAGAAAAAGUGAAAUCAACUAGGCUUUCUUUUGAAAGGAAAAAAGUGUAAAGUAUCAUACAGCAUCUCAAAAACGGAACCUGGGUCUGAUGGCGGUUACGAUGGUCAAUUCAAGCUUCGAUACUACUUCAUCUUUCGACCUAGUCCUUCUAUAUUUGCUCAGCAUGGAACCAUCUCCUGUCGUUUAUUCCCAUAGACACUACCAUCCAUUACUAGGAAAAUAUAUUGAGCAAACAAGCAGGCUGUGGCUUAGCAGCUUAAUACAAUGUAUUAUUAUUCCAUAUGCCUUGUGAUGUAUUCCUUUGCAAGCUGUAACCAUGCUUCAAACAUAUAAAC